GAUUAUAACACCGAGAGAGUUGUUGAGAUUGGACCUUCUCCAACUUUGGCGGGAAUGGCCUCCAGAACCAUCAAGGCCAAGUACGAGUCCUACGAUGCUGCUUUGUCAUUGCAGAGACAAGUCUUGUGUUACGCUAAGGAUUCCAAGGAGAUUUACUACACUCCUGAUCCUGUUGAAGCGCCUACCGAGGCCCCUGCCGCUGCUACUACUAGCGCUGCCGCCCCUGUUGCUGCUGCCACUGCUGCCCCUGUUGCCGCUGCCGUUGCUGCUGCUCCUGCUGCUGCUCCUGCUGGACCUGUCGCUGACAUCCCAGAUGAACCGGUUAAGGCUUCCUUGUUGAUCCAUGUCUUGGUUGCCCAAAAGUUGAAGAAACCAUUGGACCAGAUUCCAAUGUCUAAGGCUAUCAAGGAUUUGGUCAAUGGUAAGUCUACAGUUCAAAACGAAAUCUUGGGUGAUUUGGGUAAGGAAUUUGGUGCCACUCCCGAAAAACCAGAAGAUACACCAUUGGAUGAGUUGGCUGAACAAUUCCAAGAGAGCUUCAACGGUGCAUUGGGUAAACAAUCUUCUUCUUUGAUUGCAAGAUUGAUGUCAUCUAAGAUGCCGGGUGGUUUCUCUGUUUCUGUUGCCAGAAAAUACUUGCAAUCCCGCUGGGGAUUGGGUUCUGGUAGACAAGAUUCUGUCUUGUUGAUGGCCUUGACUGAAGAGCCUGCAUCUCGUUUGGGUAACGAAGGUGAUGCUAAGGCAUUCUUGGAUGGCAUCGCUCAAAAGUACGCUUCAAAGGCUGGUAUCUCUUUGGCUUCUGCUGCCGCUGGUGCUGGCGCUGCCGCUGGUGGUGCCGGUGGUGCCACAAUUGAUGCUGCUGCCUUUGAAGAAUUGACAAAGGAUAACAAGAUCUUGGCCCGUCAACAACUGCAAGUAUUGGCUCGUUACUUGAAGAUGGAUUUGAACAAGGCUUCAAAGGUUGUCGAUCAACAAAAGGACACUCUCAAGGACUUGCAGAGCCAAUUGGACUUCAUCACAAAUGAAUUGGGUGAAACCUUUAUUGAUGGUCUCUCAUCCUCAUUCUCUAGAAAGAAGGCCAGAGUCUUUGAUUCCUCAUGGAAUUGGUCAAGACAAUCCUUGUUGACCUUGUACUUUGAAAUCAUCCACGGAUUGUUGAAGAGAGUCGACAGAGAAUUGGUCUCUGAAGCUAUCAACAUUAUGAACCGUUCAAACGCUGCCUUGAUUAAGUUCAUGGAGUACCACAUCAACAAGGCGAAGGGUAAAACCGAUGAAAACUACGUCUUGGCUCACGAGCUGGGUUCUCAGUUAAUUGAAAACUGUAAGGAAGUUUUGGACAUUGACCCUGUCUACAAGGAUAUUUCCUACCCAUUGGCCCCAAAGACCACUGUUGACCACAAGGGUAACAUCUCUUACUCUGAGGAGCCAAGAGAGAAUGUUCGUAAGUUGCAGCAAUACGUUCAUGAAAUGGCUCAAGGUUCCACCAUAACCAAGGAGGAGAGACCAACCAUUGCUGAUGAUUUGACAAAGGUUUACAAAGCCAUUACAAAGCAAACUGAAGUUUCAGAAUCAUCCAAGAUUCAAUUGGAGAAAGUUUACGGUGAAUUGAUUAAAUUCUUGGAAUCCAACGAUGAGAUUGAGAUGCACAGAUCCACCACUGUUGCUGGUAUCAACGAUGACAACUUGGAUACUGAUUCUGCGAAGGAAGUUGCUUCUUUGCAAAAGAGUUCUUCUAUCUCAAACCCAGUCUCUAAGGCCAUUCCACCAGAAACCAUUCCUUUCUUGCACUUGAAGAAGAGAUUGCCAAACAACGAAUGGUCCUAUGACCGCCAACUGACAUCUGUGUACUUGGAUGGUUUGGAGCAGGCUGCUGUUAACGGUGUUACUUUCAAGGAGAAGUACGUCUUGAUGACUGGUUGUGGUGCAGGAUCUAUUGGAGCAGAGGUCUUGAAGGGUUUGUUGCAAGGUGGUGCCAAGGUUAUCGUCACGACUUCUAGAUUCUCCAAGAAGGUCACUGACUUCUACCAAGAGAUGUACGCAACCUAUGGUGCUAGAGGUUCGACUUUGGUUGUUGUUCCAUUCAACCAAGGCUCCAAGCAAGAUGUCAAUGCCCUCGUUGAGUACAUUUACGACGAUGUAAAGAAGGGUGGUUUAGGUUGGGAUUUGGACGCCAUCAUUCCAUUCGCUGCCAUUCCAGAGAAUGGUAUCGACUUGGCUCAAAUUGACUCCAAGUCUGAAUUGGCCCACCGUAUCAUGUUGACCAAUGUCUUGAGAAUUAUGGGUGCUGUUAAACAACAAAAGUCUUCCAGAGGUAUUGAGACAAGACCAGCUCAAGUUAUCUUGCCAUUGUCUCCAAACCAUGGUACUUUUGGUAGUGAUGGUUUGUACUCUGAGUCCAAGUUGUCCUUGGAGACUUUGUUCAACAGAUGGUUCUCUGAAAACUGGGCUAACCAACUCACCAUCUGUGGUGCCGUUAUCGGCUGGACUAGAGGUACUGGUUUGAUGAGUGCUAACAACAUCAUCUCUGAAGGUAUUGAGAACUUGGGUGUGAGAACUUUCUCUCAAGCGGAGAUGGGAUUCAACUUGUUGGGUCUCUUGACUCCGGAAAUCACGCAAUUGUGUCAAAAGUCACCUGUUUGGGCUGAUUUGAACGGUGGUUUGCAGUUCAUCACCCAGUUGAAGGACAAGACCAACCAACUGAGACAAGAUAUUUUGGAAUCUUCUGAUAUCAGAAAGGCUGUUUCUAUUGAGACAGCUAUUGAGCACAAGGUUGUUAACGGUGAGAACGCUGAUGCACCUUUCGCUAAAACUCAAAUCAACCCAAGAGCUAACCAGAAGUUCGACUUCCCAGAGUUGAAGCCAUAUGAAGAGAUCAAGAAGCUUGCUCCAAACUUGGAAGGUCUGUUGAACUUGGAAAAGGUCGUUGUUGUCACUGGUUUUGCCGAAGUUGGUCCAUGGGGUUCUUCUAGAACUAGAUGGGAGAUGGAAGCAUACGGCGAAUUCUCCUUGGAAGGUUGUAUCGAAAUUGCCUGGAUUAUGGGCCUCAUCAAAUACCAUAAUGGUAACCUGAAGGGUAGACCAUACACUGGUUGGGUUGAUGCGAAGACCAAUGAACCAGUUGAAGACAAGGACGUUAAGUCGAAGUACGAGGCCUAUAUCUUGGAGCACUGUGGUAUUAGAUUGAUUGAACCAGAGUUGUUUAACGGUUAUGAUCCAAAGAAGAAGGAAUUCAUCCAGGAAGUCGUUAUUGAGGAGGACUUGGCUGAGUUUGAAGCUUCUAAGGAUACUGCUGAACACUUCAAAGCUCAACAUGGUGAAAAAUGUGAGAUCCAAGAAAAUGCAGAGACUGGUGAGUACACUGUCAAGUUGUUGAAGGGUGCUACCUUGUACAUUCCAAAGGCCCUCAAAUUUGACCGUUUGGUAGCUGGUCAAAUUCCAACUGGUUGGGAUGCUAGACGUUAUGGUAUUUCCGAAGAUACCAUUUCCCAAGUUGAUCCAAUCACUCUGUUUGUCUUGGUUGCUGUUGUGGAAGCAUUCAUCUCUGCUGGUAUUUCUGACCCAUAUGAGUUGUACAAGUACAUCCAUGUUUCCGAGCUUGGUAACUGUUCUGGUUCUGGUAUGGGUGGUGUUUCAGCUCUUCGUGGUAUGUUCAGAGAUCGUUACAAGGAUCAACCAGUUCAAAACGAUAUCUUGCAAGAGUCUUUCAUCAACACAAUGUCCGCUUGGGUUAACAUGUUGUUGUUGUCUUCUUCUGGUCCUAUUAAGACCCCUGUUGGUGCAUGUGCCACUGCUGUUGAGUCUUUGGACAUUGGUUUCGAGACCAUCGUUUCCGGUAAGGCCAAGGUCUGUAUCGUUGGUGGUUACGAUGAUUUCCAAGAAGAAGGUUCUUAUGAGUUCGGUAACAUGAAUGCUACCUCUAACACAUUGGAUGAAUUUGAGCAAGGUCGUGCUCCAUCUGAGAUGUCCAGACCAGCUACCACAACAAGAAACGGUUUUAUGGAAUCUCAAGGUUCUGGUAUCCAAAUCAUCAUGAACGCCAAGUUGGCUUUGGAAAUGGGUGUUCCAAUCUAUGGUAUUUUGGGUAUGACUGCUACUGCCACUGAUAAGAUUGGUAGAUCGGUUCCAGCUCCAGGUAAGGGUAUUUUGACCACUGCUCGUGAGCACCACGGUGAUUUGAAGCACAACGCUUCCCUCUUGGACAUGUCCUACAGAAAGCGUCAAGUUGAGAGAAGAGUCAGAGAGGUUAAAUCCUGGAUCGAUUCUGAGUACGAGUUCUUGCAAGAGGAGGCUAAGAGCAUGCCAACUGAAGAGCAAGAAUCAUACAUUUCUGAAAGAAUUCAAGAGAUUCAAGAUGAGGCUGAGAAGCAAAUCAACUCUGCUAAGGACUACUAUGGUAACUUCUUCUUUGUUAACAACCCAAGAAUUGCACCAAUUCGUGGUGCCUUGGCUACCUUUGGUUUGACCAUUGAUGACAUUGAUGUCUGUUCUUUGCAUGGUACCUCUACUAAGGCCAAUGAUAAGAACGAGUCUGCUGCUCUUAACAUGAUGUUUGAGCAUUUGGGCAGAACCGAAGGAAACCCAUCUAUGGCUGUGUUCCAGAAGUACUUGACUGGUCAUCCAAAGGGUGCUGCAGGUGCCUGGAUGUUCAACGGUGGUUUGCAAAUUUUGAACAGUGGUAUUGUUCCUGGUAACCGUAACGCUGAUAACAUUGACCAAGAAUUGGAGAAGUUUGAGUAUCUCUUAUUCCCAUCAAAGUCCAUCAAGACUGAUGGUGUCAAGGCUGUUUCUGUCACCUCUUUCGGUUUCGGUCAAAAGGGUGCACAAGCAAUUGCCAUCAAUGCAGACUACUUGUAUGCCGUAUUGUCCAAGGAUGAGUACGAAUCAUAUGCCAAGAAAUUCAACGAGAGACACAACAAGGCCUACUCUCAUUACCACAAGGCAUUUGUCACCAACACCUUGUUCAAGAGUAAGGAGCAUGCUCCAUACACUGAAGACUUGCAAAACCCAGUGUACUUGGACCCAUUGGUUAGAGUUUCUAAGGUCAAGUCCGGAGAAUUGGAGUACACUACAAAGGGUGUUCAAUCCGACUCUUACAUCUCAAAGAGUGCUAAGCACACUUCUAAAGUGUUGUCAUCUUUGACGUCUGACGUUGGUGCUAAGAAUGUUGGUGUUGACGUUGAGUUGAUCUCUGCAAUCAACACUGAGAAUGAGACCUUCAUUGAGCGUAACUUCACAGCCGCGGAGAUUGCCUACUGUAAGUCUGCUCCAUCUCCACAGUCCUCUUUCGCUGGUACUUGGUCUGCAAAGGAGGCCGUUUUCAAGGCCCUUGGUGUUGAAUCUAAAGGUGCUGGUGCGCAAUUGAAGGACAUUGAGAUUGUUCGUGACUCUACUGGUGCUCCACAGGUUGAGUUACACGGUGAUGCUGCAAAGGCUGCUCCAAACGCCUCUGUUAAAGUCAGCAUUUCCCACGAUGACUUCCAAUCUGUCGCUGUCGCCAUCCUAAACUAAUUGUUAUGAUACGAUCUAUACCCUCGAGGUUCAGAACACACAAUACGAUAUUUAUUCUGUUGAUAAC